UGCAUGGAAGUCGAUUGUUUUUAGAUAACAUUUUUUCACCUUAACCGUUCCGCGAUAUAUAUUCGUUUUAUUUUUUGAUGCAGUGACACCUUUUUGAGGCUUCUAGCCUCCACAAAUAUGGUUCUCAACGCCGCUGUACAAAUGUUGAGGGAGGCGGAGGAGCUUAAGCAAAACAUAUUGAAAUUCAAAAGUGAGACCUCCAUGCUGCAAGAGCGUAACCUCUGGUCGCUGCAGCAACAGCUACAAAAGAUCUACCAAAAAGUUCUGGUCCUAGACCUGGACUAUGCCCUGGACAAGAAAGUCGAGCAAGACCUCUGGAAUGUCGGCUUCAAGCAGCAGAUUGAAGCUCUGCAGGCGAUUUCCAAGGACAGAAAGAACCCGCUCCGAAGUGAGGGUGCCGCCAUGCUGUCUUGGGUGUUGCAGGCAGCCGCAGGUUUUUACCUGUGUCUUCUGCACCAAAUAUGUACUGCUUUUAAACUGGACCUGCCCUUCAGACGUCGAGCCUCCCUCCUAGGCUGGGUGGAAGGCUGGAGCCCCGCCCCCGCCCCCGCGGGCCCUAUUCUUCCUCCCCCCGCGGCCGCCCGCUACAUAUGCCAGCACUGUCUAGUGCAUCUAGGCGACUUGGCCCGGUAUCGGCAGCAACCUAGGGUCGCUUACACUUUUUACAGGCACGCGCUAGUGGUGUCCCCUCACUCCGGCCAGCCUUACAACCAGUUGGCGCUGCUGGCGCGUCGGCGCGGGCGGCGCUUAGGCGCCAUCUAUUGGCACGUGCGCGCUAUACUAGUGCGGGCACCUUUUCCACCGGCACCUGCUAAUUUGACGCGAACACUGCAAGACGCAGCGGGUCAAGUCCCCCCUGUUGCGCCGGCCCUCCUCCCGGGACGCGCCGCCGUCACGCCCGCCGUCGUCCCGCCACGCGACGCGCACGCGUACGUCACGCUGCUGAUACGCGCCGUGCGCGACAUACAUACAGGGGAGAGAUUAGAAGCGGCGGAGCAGUUAGUUGAGACACUGAAUACGUCCCUCACAUCGCUAGUAGCAACGGACAGUUUUGAGUCAAUGACUUUGAUAAAGAUGGUAUGCGUAAUAAUAUGGCUGGUGCACACAACGACAGAAGACUUGACGGCCACAGAGCAAGCGUUGAGCGACAGCGAAGCGGCCGCCGCGGCGUUGAGCCAGACGCUAGCUGUGGGCGCACUGCUAGCGCUCCUACUGCCUUCGCACACGGCCGAGAGCCCUUUGGACAGAGCGCUCCCCGCACUGAAAGUGUGCCUAGAGUGGGUGGCGCAACACCCUGUGUUGGUGGCGUCGGCGCCUUUCGCGGCGCGGCCGCAAUUCUGGCACGCGCUUCGCGCACACGCUCAACAAACUGCCCAAUGAAGAUACCGAUAAAUAUGACACCGUACCCCUGCCUGAAGACGAGGAGCUCCACGGUUUCCAACCCCUGGAGCGCGCCAUGGACCCCCUCCAGUUCUGCCACCACGCCGCCUGGGACACUUACGGGCGAAGCGUACCCGAUGUCGAGGAGAAGC